GAAACAAGCCAGGGGGACGAACUUUUUUUACCAUAGACAUAGCUCACUAUAGGCUACAAGAUGCGCAAAACUUCGACUGAAAAGCGCUCUGGCACCUGGAAAAGUUCCCUUGUGAGUUAGAUCAUCAAUGAACACACAAAACAUACUUUUAAGAUUAUCAAAAGUCUACUCAAAAUUCAAAUUUAUGUCUUGAAUGUAGUUCUCUGUUAAUAGGAAGGCAUUUGUAUAAUAAUUCAACAAAGGAUCUUUAAUAAUCACCAUAUUACCUGUACAACAUACAUUUUCAGAUAGAAUAGUUUCCGAUACCAAAGGAAAUAUUUUGUUUCUGAAAGUUUUCUUUAGUAUAUGUCAUUUUCUUUGUCUAAUCAAUUUUGUUUUCAUCUCGAGAAAGGUAAAUAGUUUUGCUCGAUAUCAUAUUCUUUUAGUCAAACAAGUAUACAUGUGAAAAAUUAUGAUCUUGAAAGACGACGUCUCUCAGCUGAUGUAACACUUCAUCGUUCAAUGCUUGAUCUUAAACAACGAGAAGCUCUUCGUCGAAUUGUUGAUACAAAAAAUCAACUAGAAACAAUUUAUACUAAACAACGAGAACUUAAUCAAAAUGCAGCUAUUGCAGAACAAGAUCGACGUGCAGCUGAGUUAAUGACUAAAAUGGCUGAUAUUGAAAGUCGUCGAACAAAUUUAAUGACUCAAUAUUUACGUGAAAAAACCGAAAGAAGUGAAGAACGUGAAACAGUCGGAGCAGGUAAAGCUAAAGUACGUCAUGCUGAACUUGAAACACGACAACAUGAAGAUCAUUUACGACAUUUUCAAAAAACUGUAAGUAAAAAUGAAGAAGUUGAACAUGAUUUACGUAAAUCAGUCAAAGAAGCAGAUUUUGAAAAACGUAAAAAAGAACAAGAAGUACAACGAUUAAAAGAAGAAUUAAAUCGUAAAAAACGAUUAGAUGCUAUUCGUAUUCGAGAAGAAAUAGCUAAAGCUGAACGAGAAGAAAAAGAAUUAGAACAACAAUUAAUUAAAGAAAAAUCUAAAUUAGAUAAAUUACAUACACAAUGUGAAGAUAAUUAUUUACGAUUAUUAAAACAACGAGAACAAAUACGUGAAACAAAAACAUUAUUACAAAUACAUGAACGUGAACAUGAACGUCUUUUACGUGUUCAUGUUCGAUCACAAUCCUUACAAUCACUCAAUAAUAUAUAA